AUGCCCGCCGUUCGCCCACAAGCCGCCGUCCGGGCGACCCGCGCCCUGGCGAGCACCUCGUCGCAGCAGUCGGCCCGCUCCUUCUCGGCCACCAGCGCCCAAAAGGCCAGCCACGGUCCCCAGUACGACCCUCCAACCGGCUGGCUGUUUGGCGUCAAGCCCGGCGAGAAGUACCAGAACGAGGGUUGGGAGAAACCCUUCAUCUACGGCUUCUGCGGCUCCAUUGUCCUCGCUGCCAUUGCGUACGGCUUCAAGCCCGACACCUCGAUACAGACUUGGGCACUCGAGGAGGCUCGCAGGAGGUUAGAAGCCGAGGGCAUCUUGGAGGACCCCGAGAAGAAAUAA